AGCCGAUAAAAAACCCCGAUUACGAACAACCAAUCAUGCCCAAUCCCUCCCUCCUCCGACGAAGUCGGAACUUUGCAUCAUUAUUUGGGUCAAUGGUGGUGGUAGGCUCCGAAGUCUUCCACAAGAAGGCCUCUUGGGUCCUUUACCACAGCCCUAUUGAUUCACGAUCUUUUGGUCUAUUCGAUGAUCAAACUCAUUCAGAGAUCUUCUUUGCAUUAAGUUCGUUCGGAUCUAAUCCACUGUAACUGUGGUUGUAAGUUGGAACAUUUUGGAAGGUAGCGGCUGUAUCCGCGUAUGACAAAAGUGGAUGUGUUCUGAGCAAAGAAGUCGUCGAGAGAUCAAAGAAUGUUAUCGUGGCUGGCUGGGGUUUGGCGAUAAUGAGCAAACACAGAUCAUAGCGAGACACUUAAUAGAACAAUUUAGUAGCUAUCGAAGAUUGGCGUUUGGAGUUUCUUUCGAGAUCUUAUUGGAUGCACGUUUUCUAAUUCUAUUGCGCCCCUAUGUAGUAUGCGUAUGAAAUAUGACGAUGAAGAUGCUUUUUAUAGGAUCCACAUGGACAAUGCCUUGCACAAACAGCUUAUCGCUUCUGCUUGCUUGUGCUAUGAAAAUUUUUGAUUUUAUUUGAAUAUGCUAAGUAGAUACUGCAAAUCCUGACGAUUGGAGCUCAUCAGAAUACAAUUUUGGAGUAUCAGUUUUAAAACUAAAGAUGCAACUACGAGGUUUUGGAGAUUUGAUUAUGAUUAGAUCUGCAUUUGAGAUGAUGCACUUGUACGAACAUGCCGAGAUGAGAUUCUCAGCGAUGUGAUCGUCAUCUUCAAUCCUCGAACUGUUGAGAAAGAGAAUGUGUUUCUAUGUAUACCCUUCUGGGUAACAAGCAAGAGAUCUUCAG